CGCGCGAACAUCUUGAAAGAGGUCCAGAUCAUGCGACAACUCGAUCACCCCAAUAUUGUCAAACUGAUCGAAUUCUCCGAGUCGCGCCAGUACUAUUAUAUCGUUCUGGAACUGUGUCCAGGGGGCGAACUGUUCCAUCAGAUUGUGCGCUUGACCUAUUUCAGUGAAGACCUCAGCCGUCACGUCAUCAUCCAGGUCGCUAAAGCCAUCGAGUAUCUUCAUGAGACUUCGGGUGUUGUUCAUCGUGACAUCAAGCCAGAAAAUCUCUUGUUCUACCCUAUACCCUUCGUGCCGAGUAAGCACCCCAGGCCGGUCCAGCCCGGAGAUGAGGAGAAGGUGGAUGAAGGCGAAUUCGUUCCUGGCGUUGGAGCCGGUGGGAUAGGCACGAUCAAAAUUGCCGACUUUGGUUUGUCUAAAGUCAUCUGGGAUAGUCAGACUAUGACCCCUUGUGGUACCGUCGGCUAUACAGCGCCCGAGAUCGUCAAGGACGAACGGUAUUCCAAGAGCGUCGACAUGUGGGCCCUUGGCUGUGUCCUCUACACCCUUCUCUGUGGUUUUCCUCCGUUUUACGACGAAAGUAUUCAGGUUCUCACCGAGAAGGUCGCGCGGGGCCAGUACACCUUCUUGUCGCCAUGGUGGGACGACAUCUCCAAAUCGGCUCAGGAUCUCAUCUCGCAUCUUCUGACCGUCGACCCCGAGAAGCGGUAUAGUAUCAAGCAGUUCCUCGCUCACCCGUGGAUCCGUCAGACAGAUGAAGCGACCGAAGCAGCCGACGAUGCGCCCCCGCUUGCCACCCCACUCGCUGCUCGUCAAACCAAGCAGCAGCCCCUGGAUGCUCAAGCGGCCGAUCAGGCACCUUACGCGCCUGUAAGUGCCCGGUUACUGGGUCCGGCUUCCGCCGGUUUGGAUCGUCCCAUGGAUUUCCGGUCCCCCGGUGCGAUCAACUUGCGAGAGGUGUUCGAUGUCGGUUACGCAGUACAUCGGCAAGAAGAGGAAGGUAAACGGCGCAAGAAUUUCCGACAAGGAUACCGGGGUGCCAACCCGACCACCGGGUUCCAGUCGGCUCUUAACCCCCUGAACGAGGACUAUGACGACGAAGAGGAUGACAUCACAUUACAACGCGUCCAGAACGACGCCUACCCCCCGGCGAAGAUCCCCAAAGCCUCUCAGCACGCGGGAGAUGUUGCAGCUAUGGAGGCCAAAUUACGGUCAACGAACUUGGGAGCGCCCAGUCACGCUGCUCAAGCUAGACAGGCGCACCAGCCUCGACAGCAGGGCUAUGGCACACAUAGCGCGAACGUUGCGGCAGCCGCAAAGCAGAGCAUCGGCCGGCAGUCGCGGCAACCGUUCGAGUUGAGCCUCGACAAUGCGACUUUGUUAGAAAAGAGAGGCAGACGGCAACAGGACCAGGCUGUCGUCUAA